GGCUGCCACGUAGGAUGCGACAAACCGACGUGGAUACCCCUACUCUCUUUCUCCCUCUCUCUCUCUCUCUAUCUCCCGACGCCGCCAGAAAGGAGCGACCCGAGUCCGGCCAGCGGCGGCGGCGACCAAAUCCGGCGACUGACUCGGCACUUGCUGGCGAGGUCCGUGAGAUGGAAUCGGGUUGAAAACUUGAAAUCGAGUAGUGUGCAGGGUGGAACCGAUCUUGGGGAACCAUGGAUGAUGAGCGGUUGUAUGGUUUGCUUGGCAUGCGGGAGGAGGCUGGGCGAGCCAUGGCGGGCAUGCUACCGAACCCGGCAGUUGCUGGUGCCACUUCAAAUCCAGAAGAAGACUCUCGAGGCGAUACCAAAUUCAAUGCAUCACAAUACGCUUUCUUUGGGAACAAUGUGAUGGAAGAGGUUGAGCUAGGUGGAUUGGAUGAUGAUGAUGAUGGUUCUGGCGAUGCUGGUUUUGUUGGGCUUGGUGAUGAAGAAUACCCUUCCACCUAUACAAGUGAUGUGUUAGAGGAUGAAGGUGUGGGUUCAUUUACUGGUGUUGAUGAUCUUGCUGGAACAUUCUCAAAGCUGAACAGAAUUGUUAAUGAGCCAAAACACCAUGGAGUAGUUGGUCAGGGGGGUUCAGUUUCUAGACAAAGUUCCUCUACUGCAGACUGGAUGCAAGAGCCUGAACCUUCAUAUUGGCCUAAGCAGCCUGUAUUGGACACUGAGCAAGGGCUGGAUAACAGGAAAUGGCCAUCCCAAUCCCCUCAAUUAGCCCACUUUUCCGAUUCCAGACUGCACAGGACAUCCUCGUCUCCACACCAAGAUGCACAAUACAAUCCUAGUGAAUCUAUUCUCAGACCAAGGCCAUUUUCUUUGAACAGAAUGUCGUCAUAUCCCCAACAAGAGCCCCAAUACAAUCAUACCGAGCCAAUUCCUGUGCCUAAGUCGUCUUUCAUUUCGUACCCUCCAUCUGCUUCAGCAUCUCAUUCUUCACCUGGUGAGCCACAUCACAUGAACAUGCCAUCUCCUCCCACUGCAUUCCAUAUGCCUAUGCCUGCACAAAAUGAACUAGCCUUUUCCCAUUUCCAUCAUGGAGGUACACCUCCAGGGCCACCAUUUGGUCGGAACUUGGUUCAUAUGGGUUCACCAGGCUUAUCAACGAACAUUAUGCAGCAAAACCAUGUUGUAAAUAGUGUACCAGUUCAGGGGAAUGGUGACAGGUUUACACCGAUUUUAAUGGAGCGUCCAAAUGGAUUGAUUCCACCUCAAAUGCCACCACCGCGCCAACAACAUGGAAUGCGCCCAGUUCAACAGUCUUCACCACAGUUCUCACAACUACAGGCCCAUAUGCUUGGUCCCAGGCAUUCUCCACCACAGAACAUGCAGAUGUUCAGUCCUCAGCAUCCUCCAUCGCAAAUGAGGGGUAGGUUUGACGCAAAUUUUGGGAUGCCUGAUUUGAGUGAUCCAAGAGCAAGAUCAAUGUUGCACCAUGGUUGGCAGGCCCAACGUUAUCCUCCCCAAGGAUUUGAGCCUGGCAAUAUGAGGAUGGAUAAUGGGUGGCCACGGUUCAGAUCCAAAUACAUGUCCACUGAAGAAAUAGAGAACAUUGCAAGGAUGCAGCAAGCCGCUACUCACAGCAAUGAUCCAUACAUUGAUGAUUACUAUCACCAAGCUUGUUUGGCUAGAAAAUCAGCAGGAGCACGACUGAAGCACCACUUCUGUCCAACCUUGAUCAGAGAUCCAUCUUCUCGUGCACGCAGCAAGGAUGAGCCACAUGCAUAUCUUCAGGUUGAUGCUCUUGGGAGGCUCCCAUUUUCUUCCAUCCGCAGGCCUCGUCCACUUCUUGAUGUUGAAGCCUCUACUCCAAGUGAUAACAUUCCUGAAAAAUCUGCUUCAAAAACUCUUGAUCAGGAGCCUAUGCUUGCUGCUAGAAUCACAAUAGAAGAUGGUCUCUGUCAUCUACUUGAUGUAGAUGACAUUAAUCGCUUGCUACAAUUUAGCCAGCAGCAAGACGGUGGUUUACAACUGACAAACAGAAGGCAGGCUCUCCUUGAGCAGCUGGGUGAAUCAUUGCAGUUAGUUGAUCCACUUGGACCUAAUAAGGGUGCACCUCUAUCGCCAAAUGACGACCUGGUGUUUCUUCGCAUAAUCUCUCUGCCAAAGGGCCGGAAACUACUUUCUCGGUACCUUGAACUUGUGACUCCAAGCAGCGAGCUUGCAAGGAUUGCUUGCAUGGCAGUUUUUCGGCACCAAAGAUUUAUAUUUGGCAAUUUUCCCUCAGAUAUCAGUGCAGCUAGGACAACUACUAAACUUGUGAGUGCUGUAUCCACCUGUGUUCGUCAGAUGGAGUUGAGUGGCCUAAGUGCCUGUCUUGCAGCAACUGUGUGUUCAUCAUUACAGCCACCUCUUCGACCCCUUGGACAUGCUGCAGGUGAUGGGGCCUCCAUCAUCAUAAUAUCUGUACUGGAGAGAGCAACAGAGCUUCUCACUGAUCAGCAUGUGGCCUCUACCUACAGUAUGCAGAACCGAGGCCUAUGGCAGGCAUCGUUUGAUGCCUUCUUCAGGCUGCUUACAGAGUACUGCAUGAGUAGAUUUGAUAGUGUGGUUCAUACAGUGCAAAUGCAACCUUCUGCUGCGGCUGCGAUAAGCAGAGAGAUACCAGUAGAGCUUCUGCGUGCCAGCCUUCCUCACACAAAUGAGAAUCAGCGUAAGCAGUUGCUCAAUUUUGCGCAGCGAACUGUGCCCAUCAACAACGCCCAGAUUGCUCAUCAACCUGGUAAUGGACCCAUGACACCAGGCGGACCCAAGCAGAGAUGAUCUGAGGAAAUAAGUUGAAGAAUCGAGUUUCUAGUUUCUACUACCUUUCAUACCUAUAAGGUUAUAAACUUGACGUGUUGACUCUUCAAGAGGUCGGCAUGGUUAUGACUUAUGCCUUCUCCAUGUGAGAAGAAAAGGCUAAACUUGUGAUGGUGAGCAGUAUGAAUCAUGACAGACAUGACCGGACAGGGUCGGACCAUCACCAAUGAACUGUUGGUAAUCAAGUCAUUUUUGGUUGCUUGUAGGGACAUUUUAUUGUUUUACAUGUAGCAUAUAGUCAGUUGGUUUCAUCGCUGGUAAGUUUUUUCUCUGGGCAGCCUGAGUUUUGUUGCCCUGAGACCUCGGGAGGGAAACCCCGGCGGGUGAUCUGUAGUUUAUUGGUGGUUCAGGCUGUUACUCUUGGAGACACUGUUUGAUCGCUCUUCAAGGUCAGUUUCAUCAAGCAAUCAUCAAGGUGGAAUUUCAGUUUUGUAGCUGCGUUUGGGUCUUCUUCUAUAGUUCUCUUUAUACUCAUGUUGACGUGGAGCUGUCAUGCUGAAUUUACUGGAUAAUGUUUCAGUUUGUGCAAGCAAGGCCAUUUCUGUAUGAGCUUUGUAGAAUGGGCAUAUGUUUGGGAAGGUUAAUCCCUUGUUGCUGUACACAUAUCUGUGCUGAAUAAACUUGCAAAUAUAAGCAGUAAAUUUUGUUGUUAUUAAUUUAGAAACGCUCCAUUUUGUUA